AUGGAGGCCCCGGGGCUCGGGUUGCAGAGCGGUGCCCCGCACAAAGAUGGCUCUGGUAACCGCACGAGGAGUGUGUGCGGCGCCGCGGUCCGAGGAGCAAAAGGGAAAGUAAUUCAGAUUAAAGGCAAAGGAGGUUAUCGGUAUCUCUGGUCCCCGGAGGCUUCGGGGGCGCCGGCCUUUAGCUCACAGCCCCUCACAGGGACAGGGCCGGAGAGGGCCGCGGCGAGCCGGGAGGUGGAUUUCUGGGUGGGGGCCGUGCUGCCCGCGGGGGGGAGCGGGGAGAGACUGGGGGCGGCCACCCCCAAGCAGUUCUGCCGCCUCCUGAACACGCCGCUGGUCAGCCUGAGCCUCCGGGCGCUGCACAGAAUUCCCUGGAUCAAAGAAAUUGUGGUGGUGGUGGCAAAGCAGAACAUUGAACUGAUGAACUCUAUUAUACAACAAUACGGUAACUCAAGGGUUACAGUGGUUGAAGGUGCACUGACUCGGCACAGAUCCAUCUUCAAUGGGCUCAAAGCAUUUGUGGAAAACCAGCCCCAUGGAUCUCGGCUGGCCAAGCCUGAAGUAGUUAUCAUCCACGAUGCUGUGAGACCUUUUGUGGAGGAAGAUAUCUUGUUUAGUGUGGCCACUGCAGCUAAAGAAUAUGGGGCAGCAGGAGCCAUCAGGCCACUUGUUUCCACUAUCAUCGCUACCAACCCAGCAGGCUGUCUUGAUCAUUCUCUGGAUCGUGCCAAAUACAGGGCUAGUGAAAUGCCACAGGCCUUCAAAUUUGACAUAAUUUACAAAGCUUAUCAGCAGUGCACGGAUUACGAUUUUGAAUAUGGAACCGAGUGCCUCCAUUUAGCUCUCCAGUAUUGCAAUACUCCUGCCAAGCUCAUCGAUGGGUCGCCAGACCUCUGGAAGGUGACCUACAAGCGGGACCUCUAUGCAGCUGAAUCGAUUGUCAAGGAAAAUCUUUCAAAGAGCGUUUGUAUCAUCACUGGAGUAAAAGAAGAUGCAAUCCACUUGAGCUGUUUAUUGCAGGAAGCAUUACAGAUGUCGAUGAAGGUGGAUAUGAUGCAAUGGUCAGUGAGUAAAGGGGGCCACUGUCUUCAGAGCAUGGCCUCGGGUCUGCACUACAACUUUGUUUAUGUGAACGUCAACAACUUUGACAUACCUCAAGACGUUACACAGCUGCUGGAGGCAAUUGAAAAUGUUAAUCUUUCAGCUUCAUAUCCUGUGGUUGUGACUGUGGUGCACUUGAACAAUCCAGAAAACUCAACUUUCUGUGUUCAAAUGGAAGAUUUUAACAACAUCAAGCAGCUGGCCAAUGAAGCAAUGGGAUACCAUGUUUUGGUUUACAGCCUGAUGAUCAAUUGUACCAAGGACACAGAGAAGACUCGAGAAGUUGUGAAACGAGGAGCUUCAAUUAUUGAGUCAUUAAUAAAAGAGAGGAAUCCUGCUCUAACUGGACAACUCUUUGUUGCAUAACAGCAACAAACUCGGACUCCAAUAAGAGAGGUUGGAUGGUGUUAACAUUGACUGAAGGGACACACUGCCCUCUGCUGAUAACAGUGAAAACUACCUGUGCAGCGCUUGAAAUCAAGUAUUAGCAAUCAGUGCUUCUGAACUUCAUUGGAACCUACUAAUGGUCUCGAUCUUAAAGAACAAGUGUGAUCAUCAGUAUCCCAUUUAAAAAUCAACGAUCUUUAAUAUCUUCUUUUACUUUAUCAAGUGCAAGGAUUUUAUUAAUCUUGUCAAUUAUUCUAUGUUUAGUUUAAGCCUUACUUCAAAUGCGGUGUUUUCGUUGAGCACUACAUCCCUGUACAUUCCACCUACAGAUACUGCAUUAUCUUUAUACUGGAGAAUGAAGAAUUUCCAGCAGUGGGAUUUCACGUGUGACUGGUGAAUCGAGGGAUCAACAGUUGCAAAUCUAACAAGUAACUUUUAAUGCCUAAGAGAUGUGUUUGCAAGAGCAUGUUACCCGGUAAAGGGACUCUCGAAACUCCUCACUGACCACCUCAGUCCUCACUUGUAGGGUAGACAAUGUGAGGAUCUUCUGCCUUCUGGUUACAGUUGCAAAAUUGUGACUAAGUUUGGGAAGUCUUAAUGAGAAGACCAGGAUGACAGUUCCAGAUUAAGACGCAUAUCUUGAGCCAAGAAGCCAAAAACCCCAUUGCAAUGUGUAAGUAUCUGGCACUGUCAGAUGAAGGAAUGUAAUAACGGAAGGAAGAGGGAUUUUUGUUACUGUGUUCUGAUUGUUUUUGUAACAAAAUGUUUAUGUUUCUCUUCCUCUUUGGUCCUUCCGUUUCAUACAGAUUUGAUUCUUGCUGGCGAUAAGGCAGUAAAGCAGUCUAUAUACUAGGAAUGUCCCAGUGUCUCAGUAAGCGAGCACAUCAUUCAGCAAUGAAGUCCAUCCCCUAUGUCUUGCCUUUGCUUCAUAUUUCCACUCUUGGCUAAACUGUUUAAACCAGGAGAAUCUUGAUCCAUGUGCCAUCACUGGAUUGUAUGGGUGAGGUUGAAUUACACACAUAACAAACACACAUUAGUGGCAGCGCUCUAACACACUAUUAAACCAGGGAGAUUGCAAAUGUGACAUCUGCAAACUGGAUUUUAGUCACCAGUUGUGACUUGCGAUUUGCCAGUAAUGGAAUGUGGAUUUCCACAAGAAUUGUUAAAAUCACAAGCCACCAUAGUUUGAAAAUUGCUGGCAAGAGAAAGAACUGGUCUGUGAUUUGUCCUUUUUGUAAAUCUUGCUGCGAAUCUUUGCGAUAAUGGUAUUCACAAAGCAGAAGUCACUAUUCAUGAUCAAAACUGUUUGAGAGUAUUAUGUUUUUGAUCCCCAAGAUGUAAGAUGUAGUCAGUCCAAUCCUAUCUCAGAUUUAAAAUGUGUGAUAAUGAAGACCAAUGUUCAAGUUAGUGCUCUCACUGUGAACUUAGAAAAGCUGUAAUGUUCAGGUGUAAUACACUGGUGGGAAGUUUGGAGGAGUUUUACAUUAUUUUAAAAUUAACUAUAUUUAAUUUUCCUCUUCACUUCAUAAGAUUUCAAACACCUCCUGGGUCAGCUAAUGGUCCUGCUAGCUUCCCUUCAUGUACCCUUUAACUGUUUUGGUCGAUUUCCCAUUGUUUCUGAAGGGAAAUGAGUGGUUCAAUUUUCCACUGUGUGUGGUGUACACUAUUUCCUCCUGGGUCCUGUGUUAGAUCUGUAUGGAAAUCAAGCCCUUGGUGGCUCACUUUGUGAGUUCACUGUCUAUUGUUUAACAGAACCACAGACAGGAAAGGUUACAGGUUCAAACCCCGGUCUGGGUUGAGCUCGCUGCUCUCAGCCAGGGAGUACGACAGUUGGCUACAGUGCUCCUACUCUAGGGAGGGGAAAAUCAGUCAGGGUUCCUGUUCCUGAUUGCUAUCCCCCUGCAGGAAAGUGUGUGAGACAACAGGCUCAGGUUCAGCUGUGAUGCUGUGCCCUUCACAGCUCAGUUCUCUGCAGGAGCUGAUUGUCUUGGCUCACACAUGAGAAAUGACAUCAGUGGGUAUCUGUGGACCUGAAGUCAAUGUCUUCAGGAGCAGAGGGUAGAAUACUGAAGCUGAGUAAGAAAAAAAUGAAUAACAAAUUGCAGUUUUCAGAAUCAUGUUCAUUAUCUGCAACAGCACCAUUCAAAUGGUUCAACUAACACCCUGCCCCGCAACUUCAAGGCGUAGUGCUUUUCCCCUCCAGCUAUAGCACACUUCCUGAGAGAAUGUCAUUGUAUCAAGAGGUAUGAAAAAUGGCGAGUCUCAUACAGUAGUCCUGUCAAUUUGAUUUGCAAUAUUGUUUUUUUAAGAAUUUUUGGCUUGUAGCUACGCCACCAAAUUGCAGUCAGGAAUUUUAAAGAUGCUUACCAAAGGCAGGAAGUUACUUUUUUCCCUUUCAAAUUGCUGUUGUAAUUAGAGAAUUGAAGCCAGUCGGAAAAUAAAAUUAUAGUAAUUUAUAUAAAUUAAAAGACGUCUUACAGACUGAUUGCCACUCG